CUCCUCCCCAGCGCCGCCUCCCUCCGCCGGGCUUCCGGGAGCCCUCGUGAUCCGCUCCGCCGCCACCAGCGCAGCGCAGCCCGCAGCGAGCCCCGCUCGGCCGCCCGUGGUCUGUGCUAGAUCCUGCGCGCCAUGUGCUGGCUUCGUGCUGCGGCCCUGCUGCUCUGGGCAGGGCUGGGCCUGGCCCAGGAUUACCCAUUCCGGGACCCCACCCUGCCCUGGGAGCAGCGGCUGGACGACCUCAUCGGGCGGCUCACCCUGGGGGAGCUGGUGCUGCAGAUGGCGAGAGGUGGCGCUAAGUACAACGGGCCAGCGCCCCCCAUUGAGCGGCUGGGGAUCAAGCCCUACAACUGGAACACUGAGUGCCUGAGUGGGGAUGGGGAAGCCCCCGGCUGGGCCACGGCCUUCCCCCAAGCGCUGGGCUUGGCGGCCUCCUUCAGCCCCGAGCUCAUCCACCGUGUGGCCAAUGCCACUGCCACGGAAGUGAGAGCCAAGCACAACUACUUCAUGUCCACGGGCAUCUACGGCGACCACACAGGCCUCAGCUGCUUCAGCCCGGUGCUGAACAUCAUGAGACACCCGUUGUGGGGCAGGAACCAGGAGACGUACGGCGAAGACCCGUUCCUGAGCGCAGAGCUGGCCGUGGCGUUCGUGCAGGGGCUGCAGGGCGACCACCCCCGUUACGUCAAGGCCAGUGCCGGCUGCAAACACUUCAGCGUGCACGGGGGGCCCGAGAACGUGCCCGUCUCCAGGCUCAGCUUUGAUGCCAAGGUGCAAGAGCGGGACUGGAGAAUGACCUUCCUGCCCCAGUUCCAGGCCUGUGUGCGCGCUGGCUCCUACAGCGUCAUGUGCAGCUACAACAGGAUCAACGGCGUGCCCGCCUGCGCCAACAAGAAGCUGCUGACAGACAUCCUGCGGGCAGAGUGGGGCUUCCAGGGCUACGUGGUGAGCGACGAGGGGGCCGUGGAGUUGAUCAUGUUGGCCCACCGCUACACACACAGCUUCCUGGAGACGGCCAUCGCCUCGGUGAACGCUGGCUGCAACCUAGAGCUGUCCUUCAGCCUGACGGAGAACGUCUUCAUGAGCAUCAGCGAGGCUGUGGCCAAGGGUAACAUCACGCUGGAGACGGUGAGGGCCCGGGUCCGGCCACUCUUCUACACACGUCUGCGGCUGGGGGAGUUCGACCCCCCUGCCAUGAACCCCUACAGCGCCCUCGACCUGAGCGCCGUGCAGAGCCCCGCCCACAGGAGCCUCGCCGUGGAGGCCGCCGUCAAGAGCUUUGUGCUGCUGAAGAACAAGGGGGGGACGCUGCCCCUCAGCGCCCAGGCCCUGGCCGGCAAGCGGAUCGCGGUCGUUGGUCCCUUUGCCGACAACCCCAGGGUGCUGUUUGGGGACUACGCACCCAUCCCGGACCCCCAGUACAUCUACACCCCCAGGAGGGGCCUGGAGACCCUGCCAGCCAAUGUCAGCUUCGCCGCAGGCUGCAGUGAGCCCAGGUGCCAGUACUACUCACCGGGCGAGGUGGAGAGGGCGGUCUGGGGAGCCGACGUCGUCGUGGUGUGCCUGGGCACAGGGACUGACCUGGAGACAGAGGCGAAGGACCGACGGGACCUGUCCCUGCCCGGGCACCAGCAGAAGCUGCUGCAGGACGCUGUGGCCUGGGCCGUGGGGCGCCCCGUCAUCCUGCUGCUGUUCAACGCGGGGCCACUGGACGUGGGCUGGGCCCAGGCCCACCACGGAGUAGGCGCCAUCCUGGCGUGCUUCUUCCCAGCGCAGGCCACGGGCAUCGCCAUCAUCAAGGUGCUGCUGGGGGAGGAGGGGUCCAGCCCGGCGGGCAGGCUCCCGGCCACCUGGCCAGCUGGCAUGGACCAGGUGCCAGCCAUGGAGAAUUACACCAUGGAGGGGCGCACGUACCGGUACUAUGGGCCAGUGGCCCCGCUCUACCCCUUCGGCUACGGACUGUCCUACACCACCUUCCUCUACCGGGACCUGGCCUUGAGCCCCACAGUGCUGCCCCUCUGCGCCAACCUCAGCGUCUCCGUGGUGGUGGAGAACACUGGGCAGAGGGAUGGUGAAGAGGUGGUGCAGCUGUACCUGCGUUGGGCGCAGCCCUCCGUGCCAGUGCCCCGCUGGCAGCUGGUUGGAUUCCGCCGGGUGCCUGUUGCCGCAGGCCGGGCGGCGAAGCUGCUGUUCCUGGUGACCUACGUGCAGCGCGCCGUCUGGGCCGAGCAGUGGCAGCUGGAGCCGGGCGCCUUCACGCUCUUUGUGGGCGGGCAGCAGCCGGGCCAGGAGACACGUGCCAGCUCCGAGGUCCUGCGGGCGGAGUUCACUGUGACCGGCAGCACCCGACCCCUGAGCCGCUGCUAAGGACAGGGACGGUUUCUGGGGCACUGGAAUGGGAAUUGCAGGGGGCUAGGAUGUGGCCAUGUGCGGUGGGGCUGGGAUCUGGCCCAGCACCCAGCUGGCUGUAGCAGGAAGCGGGGGCACAUGGCUGGCUCUAUCAGGGUUAGGAGGGCCGGCCCGGCACCUGGCUGGCUGUAUUCGGGGGCCCGGCUGGCACUUGGCUGGCUCUACUGGGGACAAUGGGAGCUCAUUCACUCGAUGCACAAUAAACUUUGCCCAGCGUUGA